UUUACGCUUCUCCUCUGAAAAACAAACCACUUCAUCGCAUCGUAUUUUUUGGAGUCGAUUGCUUCCAGCACCUGCCCGCAGGAUCCGGAGCUCAAGAAGCGGGAGUCAGGGAGGAGAGAUCCCCCGCAAACGCGUCAUGGGAGCGGGGAGAAGCGAGGCUCUCUUACGCGCGCACACCUGAGGCUUUCCAGCGGAUUUUGAUUGCAUCGAUUGCCUUCGAACUUGUGUCUUUUCAACGGGAAUCGUUAUUAUUUCCUCCCAGGGGACUAUUGCUGGCUUUUUUGGAGGAGUUUGUUUAGGCCUGCAGAGGAUGAUGAUGGUGCUGUCUGCGUGCGUCCGGCUGGCCAUCAUCUUGCGUUGUGCGUCCCUCACCAGCGGACAUUUGGCAGAAGAUCACUUGCCUAAAAUGUGGCCCUCUGAGAAUCCCAUCAUUCUUCACCACGGCGACGCUCUUAAUCUCACAUGCAGGGGCCACAGACCGCUGCGCUGGACACUCCCGACCCCGGUGGACCAUCGCCGAUCUCUUCCCAGGGAGGGCAUGAAGGUGCAGCAGUGCCAGUCCAGACGUCACUCUCACUGCAGCAAACUGCUCAUCACGCAGAUGGCUGCCAAUCACACGGGGGAAUACCGCUGCAGCUACACCGCAGAUGGCUCGGACUACACCACAUCCACCUACGUCUACGUCACAGAUCCUGAACAGCCUUUUGUGGAGCCCCAUGAUCAGACACCCUACGUCCUGGGCAUCGACAGACAUGAGACCAGUCUUGUGAUACCGUGCCACACGUCCUCCCCCAGUUUUGUUGUAAAACUACACGCGGACACACAUUUUCCAGAGAAAGUUGCCAAGGAAGUCAAAUGGGAUCCAAAGGAGGGCUUCAGAAUCCCCUUCGGUCCCUCCACCGUGUACACCAUAUUGACCUGCACCACCAUCGUCAACGGGCGUGACUUUCGCUCGGACUACAUGCCCAGGAGACAGUCUACUUUCCUUGCCAACGUGAAGGUCACCCCUGAGCGCGUCAGACUGUUGGUCGGAGACACGCUGGUCCUCAACUGCACCGGGCAGACCACCUUUAACGAAAGAAUCAGCUUUUCCUGGGAUUUCCCGAGAAAGAAAGAAAAUCGCCAUUUCACACAGGCAAAAAUGGAACGCCCGGCUGUGGUUUUCACAAUGAGCAGAGUCCUGGUGCUGCCCAACGUCACCAUGGAGGACAGGGGCUCGUAUCGCUGCAAAGCGGAGACUUUGCCCACAAAACACGAGAACGCCACCGCCAAAGUGAUCGUCUUCGAGCACCCCUUCAUCAACAUCUCCUACAAGCACGAUCAGCGCGGCGCAGUGGUUGUGAAAGAGGGCAGGAAGAAGCUGGUGUUUGAGCCCAAAGUGAACGCGCUGCCACCUCCAGACAUGAUGACAUGGUAUAAAGAUGAUGUCGCCAUCCUGAAGAAUUCCACCUGCUUCAAGAUUUCCGGUUUCAGCUUGAUCAUGGCUGAUCUUCAGCAGACUCAUGCCGGGGUCUACACCAUAAGCCUCGGCAACCAAGCCAAGGGCCUUCACCGGAAUCUGAGCUACACGCUGCAAAUUGAAACGAAGCCGACUAUUUCCGAGGCGGAGUUUGCCAGCGCGGACGUUCAGCCCUACAUGCUUGGCAGGCGGCACCAGCUGGACUGCACUGCCUACGGGUGGCCCGUGCCCAGCAUCACCUGGCUCUGGCAACCAUUCCAGCACAGCCCCGACCAUGAAAACCACAUGGUCUUCUCCGAGCCAGUGGUGGUCAACAUUAGCCAGAAGGGAGAACACACCAACUGGGUGAAGAGCAUUACUACCAGGCCUGAAGAGGUUCAAGGGAAAAACAAGACUGUGAGCACCCUGGUGGUAGGAGAAGCCAACGUGUCAGGAAAUUACACCUGUUUGGCCCAGAAUGAAGAAGGCAAAACCACAAUGGCCGUUCCUUUCUAUGUAACUGAUCACCAGGAUGCCAUAUCCAUCCAGCCUCAGUCUGCCCUGGAGAGAGACCACGUCACCUUGAGCUGCCGGGCCUCUCGUUACCUUUACACACACUUGCAGUGGUUGGAUUCCAGGAAUCGCACCAUCACCUCAAAUGUGUCCGCUCUUCAAUUCAGCCUUUACUCCAUUUCCAUUUCCCUCCACCUGCACAAUGUGAGCAGAAACAGCACCGCAGGCUACAAGUGUCGGGCUGAAAAGCAGCGAAAUAAGGUGGAGGUCAAGUCAGCUGCUCUGAAUGUGAUUG